AUGGGGGUUGCCACUUCGAACCUACCAGGGCCAUGGUUCUUCCCAGACAGCGUGCAGAUUGUGGUUGUGUUAAAUGAUGCACGCAACAUCGCACUACUGCAGGGCGAGGAGCUUAGUGCCCUCAUCCAAGUUGAGCCUGACGACCAGCUGCAUCACUUGACGAGGGAAAGCCCAGCAAGUUUGUCAGUGAGGCCGAAUACGAUCUUGGUGGUGAAAUUCCACGCCAUUGUGCAGGGCUUGCAGGACACAGCAAGAUGCCUAGGCGAUGUCGUGCUACCUCUGAACCACGUUGCCCGCGUGUGCGCGGGAAGUCUGUACCAAGUGUGGCUGCCGUUGCAGCCUGCUUUGUCCUGUGUGCAGGAGGAGGACUACAUCGACAACUUUGAUAAGGCGGUGUGGAAGGCAGCAAGAGAUCCUCGAAAGCCAAUGGUGUGUCUCAGCCUCUACGCUGGAAGCAUUCCGCAAGCUAGCAAAGACUAUUUGUUCAAUGCUUCAGCCAGCGAAAAGGCAGACCGCUUUCUUGGACUGCUGCAGUCUCACACACAGCACAUGCGGCUGCUGCAGGCUUUGUACAGAGAAGUCCGCAGCAACCAGGCGGCCCAGCUUGACUUGUCUCGCUCGAAAGAUGGGCUGGCAGACUCCUGGCCCUCGGAGUUUCGGCGAGUUGAGGCGAACUUUGGGCAGGCCGCUCCUGAUCCGUCUGGACCAGCCGAGGCGCGCGGGGACGGCGAAGACGUAGCCCGCGAUGAGACCAAGGAGACUUGGGUCCCUUUGUGUGGUUCAGCUUGGUUUCGUUGCAUGAAUCUCAGCGAAGCAGCCGCCUACAUCGCCUUUAGGCUGCGCCUGUAG